AUGUCAUUACACAGCUAUCUGAGCGAUGUUUAUGGUUCUGGCUCAUCCAAAAAGAAGGGCAAAGGGAAGGAUAAGAAGAAGACCAGCUCGAAUUCUAGCAGCUCCGUGAUCAUUAAGGAGAGCUCUCAGACUGUUUUCGUAAAUAAUUCUAAAGACUCCAACGUCUCAGUUUUACCUCGAAGGGACAGCAACAAGAAAUUAUGGAAGAAUUUAGAUACCGAUGAAGUUACCACUAGUGGGUUGGGAACUUUAAAUGUGACUAAAUUAUCAUCCGGAGCACAUGCUGGUUUACAAACAGCGGCACAAGUGGAAGAGCAGACUAAGGCCAAAGAAGCCCGAGAUAAGGAACUCAGUUCAAGAAGCGUAAAGAAUUCAAAGACUGUCUACAGAGAUGAAAGAGGUCGUAAGAUCGAGAAUUACCAGGAGCACUUGGAUCAGGAGCGGGAAGCAGAAGAUUUACGAGAACGCCUUAAGAAUAAGAAAAUGCAAGAGAUAAACAUGGGGGAAAUUCAACUGUACAUGAAGGAGCACUCAUUGAGCGAAGUACCUGUGGUAGAGAGACACGAUACACUGGCAUCCGAAGAUCCCGAAGGUCUCUUUAAGGGCAAAGGAGACUCAGUGGUUGUACCAAGGUCUUUUUUGGGAAGAAGGCUUUACGAUAAAUUGUGCCCAGAGAAUCGAUUUGAUAUAUCACCAGGGUACAGAUGGGAUGGUGUAGACAGAUCGAACGGUUUUGAGAAAAAAUGGUUCGCCAAGCAGGAUGAAUUGAAUGAGAAACGAGUGCAAAACUACACAUUACAAGAAGAUGAGUGA